UAUCCUCAUCAUCGCCCGCUCCCGAAUAAUAUCAAUCUCGAACCACCGCAAUCGAAAGUGGUGCUCUCCAGCUCCGCAAAGAAGCUAUCUCAUCGUACGCAAAGCAAUCAAUCAAACCCCCUCCUCACGACCCCUCCCCCCCUCUCAACUGGGGCCCUUCUCACACGCCCAUUCCAAAUACCUACCUCGCAGAGCCAAUUGGUGCUCAGUUUUUCCUACCCAUGGCAAUGGCGCCUCCCGAAAUCGACGACAGAUCAGAGACCGGCAUCGCUGGGAAGAAAAUCCCAUUUAACCCCACGCCGCUGUCCGCGCCCCAGGAACAACAGGUCCGAGACAUAUACUACGCAAACGUGCGUCUGAAGUGCGCGCCGGAGAUUGAAGCAUUCGCGGCCUGCGCCCGUGGACGAACAUUAACGAUGGUGUGGGCGUGCCGGGACCAGAAGAUUGCCAUGAACAGCUGCAUGCUGCAGUACCAAGGGCAGGAGGAGAUGGACCGGGCGCGCAACGAGUGGUUUCGAAAGGCCGGCGAGCGGAAGCGGGCGAAGCAGGAGAUGGAGAGGAAGGCCGACGAGGGGAGGAGAAAACACAGGGAGUGGUGGAACUUGGACGAGCAGGGGAAGCUGCAGGGGAAGAAGGCGGAGGUCAGUGAUGCUGUGGUGGAGGGGAAGAGGUAGUGUGAAGGAUUGCGGUUUGUGGGCUUCUUUUGCAUUGGGGAAUGAAAUCCAUCGCGAUGGGGUGGUGGUGAGGGGAUGAUCGCAUUGCAUGGCGUUGUUGUCCUUUCUUUUCUCUUUUCGAUCUUGGGGGAUUCGUGGAUGUCUGCCCACGAAUGUCACGCAUGUAUAACACGGGACGCAAAUGUAUCAUUAAGAAUUUCUGAGAAGGUGCUAGACUAUUGUAUCAUGUAGCACACCAAGCGGUCUGAUACCCGGACAGACCUUGUGAAUGUAAUUGAAAAAUUCAGCUCUGGUAUACCCC